AGAUCCACUUUUAACAGCGUUUCUCAUAAUUCGAUUACUGCACCUUUAACGUUCGCAUAUAACCCAGAAAUAAACAACAUGUCUAGAACCAUUGGCUUGUCAGUUGUUUUAAAACUUAAAAUUAAGCGCAUUUGUUCGCCUCAGUGAGCUGUAUCCACUCUAAAAUUGUCAAUCUCGAAUCUUCACGAGCACGAGCCAGUGCGCGCUCCCGACGGUCUCUCCUCCUCUCCAGAGCGCGCUUUCUGCCGUGAGGGCGAGAAUCGGCGGAGAUAUCAGAUACACAUACAGACAGAGAGCUGUAAUUAGCGUCUGUCUGUGAUUAGUGUUGAUUAGCGAGAGUCUCAUCAGGAGCGCGAGCGGCUGCCGGAGCGCGCGGCUGAUGGACGGGAUGCAGCAGGGCAUCGGCGCGUUCGGCGCGGGCAGAGCCGGUGGAGCCUUCGACCCGCUCGCCUUCAUCCAGCAGCCGCACACCUGCCUCCGGAUCGUGUCCUGGCUCUUUUCAUUGGUGAUCUUCGGCUGUAUCGCUAACGAAGGGUACAUCAACAGGCCCGAUGAAGUUGAGCAGUUCUGCAUCUUUAACCGGAACCAGAACGCCUGUAACUACGCGGUCAGCAUGGGCUCUCUGGCGUUCCUGUGCUGCAUGGCCUUCCUGGCUUUAGAUGCCUAUUUCCCUCAGAUCAGCAGCGUCAAAGACCGUAAGAAAGCUGUGCUGGCCGACGUGGGCACAUCAGCGUUCUGGUCCUUCAUUUGGUUCGUGGGCUUUUGUUUCUUGGCCAAUCAGUGGCAGGCGGCAAAACCGGAGGACAACCCUCUGCGAGCGGGCGGAGACGCGGCACGGGCGGCCAUCACCUUCUCCUUCUUCUCCAUCUUCACCUGGGCCGGUCAGGCCUUCCUGGCGUUUCAGAGGUAUAAACUGGGUGCGGAUUCGGCCCUGUUCUCCCAGGACUAUGCCGACCCCAGUCUGGACGCGGCCGAUGUGCCCUACAGCUCCUACAGCGCCGGAGACGGUCUGGAGAGUCCAGGAGGAACCGGCUCCUACCAGCAGAGCGGCGACGGCGGGUUUGACGGGUCAGCGGGGUACCAGCGGCAGGAGUACUGACUGACCCGUGACUGACUGACCCAGCCUUCACUAGCUGAUGAGCGGCAGAAUAUUCUGUAAAAUGUUACACAAAUGUAUUAAUUACAGUAGCGAUGCAUGAUUUAUGUUGAAAAUGAGGUCAUUUGUGUAAAGAGUUACGCCUCAGGUGAGCGUUAAUGACUCACACUCUUAAAAAUAAUUCUUUAUUAGUGACCGUGAGUGAACGCAGAAUCAGAUGGGCUUUCCAUGCAAGAACAUUCCUGCCACAUAAGACAAAAAUCAUGCUUUUGUAAAUCAUAAUUAUGACAUAAAAAGUCAAAAUUAUGACAUACUCAUUUCGAAAUUAUGACAAAAAGGUGAAAUUAUGGCAUACUAAGUUAAAUUUAUGAGAUGAAAAGUCAAAAUUAUGACAAAUAUUUGAAAUUAUGACAGUUGAAAUUGACAUUAAAAAUGAAAAUUAUGACAUACUAAGUUCUAUUUAUAAGAUGAAAAGUCAAAAUUAUGUUCGUUGAAAUUCACAAAAAUCUGAAUUAUGACAUACUAUAUGUUUAGCCUAUAAGAUCAAGUCGAAAUUAUGACAAAAAGUCAUCAUUAUGACAUACUAAAUUAUAUUUAUGAGAAUGAGUCAAAAUUAUGACAUCAAAAUUCAAAAUUAUGAAAGUCGAAAUUAUGAAAUAAAAUCUUGAAAUUAUACAUACUAAGUCAUGUUUAUGAGAUAAAAAUCAAAAUUAUGUCAAAAAGUAAAAGUUAUGAGUUAUAUUUAUGAGAUGAAGUCAAAAUUUAUACAGAAAUAAACAUUUGAUAUUAUGACAUAAUAAGCUAUAUUUGAGAUGACAAGUCAAAAUUAUGACAAAUCUUUGAAAUUAACAUUAAUAAUGAAAAUGAUGACAUACUAAGUUAUAUUUAUGAGAUGAAAAGUCGGAACUAUGUCAGUUGAAAUUGACAAAAGUCUAAAUUAUGACAUACUAAGUUAUAUUUAUGAGAAAUCGACAUAAAAAUUCAAAAUUAUGACAGUUGAAAUGAACAAAAAGUCGAAAUUAUGAAAUAAAAUUUUGAAAUUAUGACAGUCGAAAUUCACAGUAAGUCAAAAUUACAACAAAAACUCGACAUUGUAACAUUCUAAAGUUAUAUUUAUGAGAUGCAAAUUCGAAAUUAUGAAAAAAAUCUAAAUGAUGUCUGUUGAAAUUGACAUAAAAGUCGAAAUUAUGAGUCAUUUAUGAGAUGAAAAGUCGAAAUUAUGAAACAAAAAUAGGAAAUUAUGAAAUAAAAAUGUGAAAUUAUGACAUUUAUGAGAUGAAAAGUCAAAAUAAUUACAUAUCGCCUGCUAAGUUAUAAUUAUGAUAAACAGUUGAAAUUAUGACAUACUAAGUCAUAAUGACUUUUUAUCUCAUAAUUUAGACUUUUUUAAUCUCAUAAUUGUGGCUUAGUAUGUCAUAAUUAUGACUUUUUAUGCAUGAUUGUUUUCUUAUGUGGCAGAGAUGGGUUUCCAUGUUUGUGGAAGUAGUGACACCUCAGGUCAGCGUUAAUGUGCGUUAUUAUAAAUUUAUGUUUUUCAGACUCUAGAACCGAUACUGCAGCAGAAGUUGUGUCCAAAUAUCCACACGCUUCUCAGUUUAUUUGUCAGUGUUUUCCAGAAUAUUCCUCAGGCUGUUAUCAGCUGCUUUGUUGAGUCUCUGUGCAGGUGUCAGUGACUGUGGAGGGAUUUUAUUCUCGGAUCAUAUACCGGUUUGCCUUCAGCUCCAGCAGAUGAGCUGACACUGUCUGUCUUUCAUCAUGGGAGCGAAAGUAUUCACACAGCUGAACUUUCAAAUCGACAUGAAAUGCCAUUUGCAAUUUAUUUUACUUCCAUAAUGUGUUAUUUCAGAGUGAGCUAUAACAUAAAAAAAGAAAGUAAGUAUAUUAUAUAUGAGGAAUCUCUGUACAGAAGCUGCGGGACACAACACGAGGGAUCGAUGACGUCAGUGAAAAAGGAAAGUUGUUUCAGUGGUGGAAGUAAUUGCAUUUUUUUUUGAUGAAAUCAUGAGGAAAAACUUUUUUUUUUUAACCUAGAUCGUCACCAAUGAAACAUUUAUUAUAAGAUGAGGAACAUGUAUUAAGGAAGUAAAUAGAGUCCGUUUUGACAUCAUGUUGACUGUUGUUUUCAUUAUAUUUUAAGAUAUUCUUUGAGUUUGUGUGUGCAAACCAGUGACAAUAAACGGUUUCAACAAACAA